UGGGGCUGGGGCUGCCUCUUGGCGAAAUAUGUGACACAGUUUUAGCGGAAAUUUACAAAGUAGUGGGCACUCACGAAGUGACCGUACUACCGUAUACGGCCCUGGUAGAAUGUGUCUCAGCGGAUCGAAUACGGCUUCAGCGAGGUGUUCGUGUAUAAAAAACAACCGUUGAAAUGGUCAAUUUUCUUAAUGAACAUGGAGUCCUUUCUCAAAGUUGCAUUGAUCCUCUCGUCUGCUAUCGCGCAAGAAAUAACGUUCACACCCCCAAACGUCCCCCUGAGAAAAGAGAUUGUUUACCAAACAUCUAAUGAGUGGAUCUUCAAUCUGCUUAUCACAUACGGGCUCCCGACUUUGAAGGCAAAUUACUGGGCUGGUUCUUUUGCAGAAAUCGCUACCAUUGUCUAUCGCACAUCAAACUUCAACUCUCUUUCCGCGGUACAGGCCAUCGCACAAUAUGCGGUCGGUCUAAGUAUCCGUAAUACGCCCAUCACUAUCUCUUUCGUUUUGGGCACCGCAUUCGCUGUCAUAGGGUGUCUCAUCCGCCGGCAGUGUUAUCGCACCCUCGGUCGCUUUUUUACAUUCCAACUCAGUGUCCGCGAAGGGCAUCAUAUUGUCACAACCGGACCCUACGCGAUCGUACGCCAUCCAUCCUACACAUCAGGUCUUAUGCAUGCUAUCGGCGCGCUGAUACUGCACGGAUCACCUGAUUCAUGGCUUAGACACUCCGGGGUUUUAGAUAUCCCUGGAGUCAAAACAGUUGUGGUAACAUGGCUAGCGGGAAUCAUACUUCUUAUGACAAACGGCUUGUUCAGGGUCAGCGAAGAGGACGAAAUGCUGAAGAGAACUUUCGGAGACGAGUGGGAGAGGUGGGCGAAGGUAGUCAGGUACCGGCUGAUACCUGGUAUCUACUGAACACAGCGCGCAUGGCGCAUUACUUAGUGUUGUGCGACGGGUCUAUUGAACUCUGCGCCGUUGAAUUCCACGG